AGAAACGGAGAUAGUGAGCAUUAUGUGGGCUGACAUUUGGGAGCAGGACUCGCAUUAACGGACACAUCCACAAAUACAGUUAACUUUAAGGACAACAUAUUUCUUCUUCAGAGGUUUGUUUCCUACUUUAAGCCUCGUGCUUGGAUCAUUGUGGAUAAUAUUUUCGUGUUUUUCUCGCCAUGGCAUUUGGAUUGCGACGCUACGCACGGUGCGUAAAAUGGCGCUUUGGCUGCGAACGGAGCUGUCAGCUUCUGUUCUUCCUUUUUUGUCUCAACGAUAUUGUCAGUGGUCAUAUCCGCUAUUCAAUCCCAGAGGAGAUGAAGAGGGGCUCUCUUAUCGGCAAUGUAGCCCAGGAUCUUGGUUUGGAUCUGAAAAGGCUUCGCUCUGGUCGGGCCCGUAUCAUAACUGGAGAAAACAACCAGUACACCGAGCUGAAAGCAGACAAAGGGAUUCUGGUCGUGAAUGAGAGAAUAGACCGGGAGCAGCUUUGCGGAGAUGUGACACCGUGUAGUUUCAGCUUUGAGAUAAUUCUAGAAAACCCUAUGGAGCUACAUCCUGUGAAAAUACUGAUCCAGGACCAGAACGACAACCCCCCUCAGGUUCUGUACCCAGUCCAGACUGGUGGCUCUAUGGUGGCUGAAAUGGUGCCUCGUUCAGCAGAUGUGGGCUAUCUGGUCACUAAAGUGGUGGCUGUGGAUGUGGACUCUGGACAGAAUGCCUGGCUCUCCUACAAACUGCAGAAAGCCACAGACAGGGCGCUGUUUGAAGUGGGCUCACAGAAUGGAGAAAUAAGAACUAUCCGCCAAGUCACUGAUAAAGACGCAGUGAAACAAAGACUGAGUGUUAUAGUGGAGGACAACGGGCAGCCCUCUCGUUCAGCUACAGUCGUUGUUAACGUGGCGGUGGCGGACAGCUUCCCUGAAGUGCUGUCGGAGUUCACUGACUUUACGCACGACAAGGAGUACAACGACAACCUGACUUUUUACUUAGUGUUGGCUCUGGCUGUAGUUUCCUUCCUCUUCAUCACGUGUGUAGUGGUUAUUAUCUCAGUGAAAAUCUACAGGUGGAGACAGUCUCGCAUCCUGUAUCACUCCAACCUCCCUGUGAUUCCAUAUUAUCCACCACGUUACUCAGACACUUUGGGGACAGGGACUCUCCAACACGUGUACAAUUACGAGGUGUGCAGGACGACUGACUCCAGAAAGAGUGACUGUAAGUUCAGCGGAGCUGGUAGUCAGAACGUGCUGAUAAUGGACCCCAGUUCGACAGGGACGAUGCAGCGGAUACAGAAUGAAAAGAGCAUCCUGGAUGAACCAGACUCUCCUCUGGAGCAGUUCAGUUACGUCCCUUGUAGGAUCACACUGUAG